UACAUCAACGAAAUCCCCACUUCUCUUAAGCACCAACUCUACGUAGCUACUUUAAUAUAGUAUAAAUCAGGCCACCUGCCCUUCACCAAGCAAACCAUCUCUCACCGACACCUCCCCGCGACGGCGCUAUAUUGUGAUUAAAAACAUCAUAUCACAUAUCUCGUUUUGUAUUUACAAUUUUUUUUAUAUUAACAGCGCUCAUUGAAACGUGUUUAUGUUUUUAUUGUUGUUUUGGUCGAUUACGGAUAGAAAAAUCAUUAUUAUUUUAGAAAUUAUAUCAAUUAAGACAUAAGUAAAAAGUAAACUUUUUUUUAUUUACUGUUUAAAAUAAAUCUGAGGUUGCUCUCACUAUGCACCUUAUUACUGUGAUAUUUUCUUCAUUAUAAGUCUAAAACAGUAUUAAUGGUUGAAAUUAUUUGAAUCAAUUUUGGCUUCUCUAAAUGUUACUUUCAAAACAUGGUAUUUCCUAAUUUUCUAAGCGAUAUAAUAAUGGAUAAACGCCAAAAAAACAAUUAUUCACCAAACACUAAUGAAAAAACAAUUCCUGAAAAAAAAAAUGAGAAAUUAUUACCAAAUGUUGGGUAUGGUAAAAUAUUAGGAAAGUCUGAAUCUAAUACUAUAUCUGAAAAAUCCAUUGAAUCAACAACUAAACCAACUGUUCUAACCGAUCAAGAUAUCAAUAAUUACAUAUUGAAUUGUGUUUCAAAUUUAAAAGUUAGCGAUCAAAAAUCUCCUACACAUUCCAAAUUAUUUUCAUACAAAUCGUUAGAUUUAACUAACUCAGCUGAUAGAUUACAAAAUAAUAACUCUAAUGAUCAUAUAAAUGGAACUAAUACCUAUCAUUCUAGUAUUGAUCAAGGAAAAUUUCCAAGGGGUAAUAUGAUAUUAAAACCUUUAUUGUCAAGUCCACCCCCAUAUUCUACUGCUAUGACUAAUCGUGAUUCACCUAGCCCUAGAGCUAAUUUGACUUCUGUUAGUCAUGAUAGUAUGAUAUUAAAAUCAUCUCCUCUUUAUGAAAAUGUAGAAUAUUAUGGUAGUACCCGUUCUGUUAAUCAAACACCAACUUACUUCCAACAAAGACCAAGACCUGGCUCACAUUCCAGUGGUGGAUCUCAAGAUUCUAGACAUUCAAGUCCUAGAACUAGCAUAGUCUCUUGUGAAGGUUCUUCAGCAUUAUAUGAAUCUAAUUAUCGCAAAGCACAGCCACAAGUUCCAGUUAACUAUACUAAAUAUGUACCACCAAUAGGAAAAGAAGUUCCACCUUAUGAAGCGCCACCAGUUUACGAAAAAUUGGCUGAUCCUGUAAAAAGUACAGUGAGUUAUGAACCUGCCAAACCUGGUCCUCAAGUACCCGUACAGUCUCAUUCAAUGGAUCAAUCUACUCGAUAUCCUUCACAACAUGCCAUACCAUACAUUAAACCAACAUCUUCCACAGUUUCACAUACUACAAAAGUUGUGCCUGAAUUCAUAUCUCAAACCAGCCCACGUCAUGUAAAAUUAAAUUCAGUUAAUAAUAUCAGUCACUCACAAGUUACUGCAACAUAUAUACCACCAGCUCUGUCACCUCAAAUGUGUAUUGUUGGACAACCUGCACUAGCUGAAUCUCGAUCUCAAAAACAGCUUAAUUCUGUAGCUAAAAUUCUUCAAACACCUUCUUUAUAUCAACAAGAUUUAACAACAUUACAUCAAAGUACAUCAUCACUCCCUUCACCAGCCCCUCCUUUGCCUGCUAAAACAAAGCAAUCAGCUAAAAAUCUCCUACCAUACAAUGUAACUCCUCCAAGACCUAUGGGACCAACAGAAGCUGAAAAAAAGAUUGAAGAACUUACCAGACAAUUGGAAGAACAAAUGGAAACUCAAGAAGUUGCUGUAGGAGGAGAAUAUUUUGGAAUAUGUCAUACUUGUGGUAAUAAAGUAACUGGUGCUGGUCAAGCUUGUCAAGCAAUGGGUAAUUUAUAUCAUACAAAUUGUUUUAUAUGUUGUGCUUGUGGACGUGCACUUCGUGGAAAAGCUUUCUACAAUGUCUAUGGUCGAGUUUAUUGUGAAGAAGACUAUAUGUACAUAGGGUUCCAACAAACUGCUGAAAAGUGCUCAAUAUGUGGACAUUUAAUAAUGGAAAUGAUUUUACAAGCAAUGGGCAAAUCAUUUCAUCCAGGUUGUUUUAGAUGUUGUAUAUGUAAUGGUUGCUUGGAUGGAAUACCAUUUACAGUAGAUAUAGACAAUAAAAUUUACUGUGUAGCAGAUUAUCACAGGAAGUAUGCUCCUAAAUGUGCUGCUUGUGGACAAGGAAUAACUCCUGUAGAAGGCACUGAAGAAACUGUUAGGGUGGUUUCAAUGGAUAAAGAUUUUCAUGUGGAUUGUUUUGUCUGUGAGGAAUGUGGAAUGCAACUUACUGAUGAACCUGACAAAAGGUGUUACCCUUUAGAUUCACAUUUGUUAUGUAGAUCAUGUCACAUUUCACAUUUGAAGGAAAACCCUCCAGAAUUAGAGAGUGUUUCUGCUACAUACGAGUAUUUAGAUUAAAAUAACUUGAAAGUAUUCAUUCACUCACAAAACAGGUGUCUUAAAAGUUUUUAAUAAUCAAUUUAGAUUAUUAAAAACUAUAUAUUUAUUAAGCAUUCCUGCACUUUUUAGUUUAUAUAGUUUUCUAAUUUUGUUUUAUUAAGAUGAUUUUUUUUUAUUUUGUAAAUUUAGUUAUUUUUAUGUGAUUAAACCACAUAACAGAUUUGGUAAAACUUAUUAUCAAAGUAAUUUUUUUUCAAACAUCAGAACUAUAAAAUAAUUACAAAAUUGCUAACAUUUCAUAAAUUUUUUUAAAAUCUAUUCGACUUAAAUUUUGUAUCACUAAAUUAUUUU